AUGACAGAAAUUGGAUGGCUUCAUCGUGCUCGAGGAAAACAACUUCCUGAGGUGGUUAAGCGGAGCGUCUCUGAGCAGUCGACAGAAACCACCAGCGAUCGAGUAGACACAGUCGCAGCGGAUGCGGAUGUCUUCUCCAUUGAUAUGAAAGAUAGGGACAGUAUUGUUGCGGACAUCGCACCGUUAUUUCAAGAAAGGGUCCUCAAAGUGGAUGACAACCAGAACAUUGUCAUCAAAGGUUUGUCAGGAACUCCCAGGUCACCAUCAUCACAUAACAAAGAUAGGCCGGCCGGGAGAACAGCGCCUGUUAAUAGCAGAGCUCCAGUAGACAUACGCAGACAUACCUAAGUAACGUGCUUUAACAGAUCUCGACUUAUUCCAAGGUCUUCUGAACUCUAUGCUUCAAACCAACAAAGAAGUUUCACUAUUGAAAGCCUUCAGGCUCGGAAAGAUCAAUGCUGGAUCCUCCAUCUCUACGCAUUCUAGACCCCUCAACAUUGCUCUGGGUUGCAAAGAGCGGGUUAAGCUCACCCUCUCAAGACGUUUUCAAUUAAAAUAUUCCCACCAAGGAGUUUUUCGCAGCUGGAUUACGCACGGCCGGAGCAGCCAAAAUGCCAGCAGUUAGUCGACGAGCUCAGGCUUCGAUAGAGGAGCGGAGAACAAGACGUGUUUAUAUACAACAGCCUCAUAAUCGAACGACCGUCUCGGUUUAUAUGGACUAAUCCUGUGCGUAUGUCGCCACAGCUGGAGCAGAUAACAAAGGUGGCAGCAGAGCCGACUAAGAUGUUUAUGUACCAAUGCGCAAAGUCUUUUAUCUAAAUUAGAUGAGCUUAAGAUUUACGUAGGUCAAGCCUUGCCAAAUGUCAUAUUCAUAACUGCAACGCAGCUGUCCGCGAACGUUGAUGAUCGCGAAAGAUGACCAACAGAUAAUACCUAUGCCACUGAUGCGGAACUCGCCAUAACUGAUACGAUGGAGCAAGGCUGCAUACACAUCCCCAACCUAAACUCUAACCCGAACCAAUUCCAGGCUUUGGUAGAUGACGGCACCGAUAACACAUGGAAGACACCGACAAAUGUUAACUACGCCACUACCCCCUCCCCAGUCUCGCGUUCUCUGCAGUGCUAAGAGACGCUUAUCACAAAAAGCGACUAGAAAUCAACACCAACCAUUGAACCGAUGUCAAAUUUUUUAGUGAAGCCUGGAACUCUGCCUCCGGCUAUGCCAAUUUCGUAUAGAACAGAGUAAACGGUUGCCCUUCAACAACUGGUACCCAUCGAAGAAUAUACGACACCCUCGAUAUCGGUACCGGCCGUCGCCCACCACCAUGCAUCAAUUCUCCCAUCUUAGAAGCUCCAUCUCAAGAGGCAUCAAAAUCAACGACGGAAUUGCAAGCCGGACACAAGUCGGGGUCACAAGCUCUCGAGGUCCUUAAGGUCUACCGUUCACCGAGGAACGACCCGCAGUCAGACAGUAGUCUGAUAGAGGGAUUAGAAACGAUUUCGAUCCGAUUUGAUGUCAUGGUUAUGGGCGAAUUUAACGCUCCGAAUAUCUACUGGAAUGUGAAUUCUGCCUAG